AGCUAGCAACAACGUAACUCAGCUCGAUCAAGUUGCAACGAACUCCCCUAUCAGCAAGCUCAGCUCCAUCGUACAUGGAGCAAUCCUCCUCCAGCGCGAGGUCCUCCUCCUCGUCGCAGCGUGGUGCUCGGGAGCUGCAGGGCCCGCGUCCAGCACCGCUCAAGGUCCGCAAGGACUCCCACAAGAUCAGGAAGCCGCCGCCGCCGCCGGUGCAGGCGCGGCAGCCGGUCAUCAUCUACACGGUGUCGCCCAAGGUCGUGCACGCUGACCCUAGCGAGUUCAUGUCUGUCGUGCAGCGCCUCACCGGCGCGCGCGCCCCGGCGUCCGCCUCGUCAUCCUCCUCUGUCCCGGCGCUGCCAGAAGCGACGCAUCAGCCGUCGCCCCCCUUCCCGUUCUACGGGCACCACGUUGCGUCGUCCUCCGCACUACUCCCGCCGCCGGCGCCGCACCCGCAGUUGCACUUCCCGUUCCAGCUGCAGCAACAAGGGCUGCACGAGCUAAUCCAGCUCUCGCCCGCCGCGCGUCUCGCCGCCAUCGAGCAGGCGUCCGCGCGGAGCGGCGGUGGCGGUGAUGUCAGAGGCCUGCCGCCGUUGCCGAGCAUCUUGUCGCCGGUGCCGGGGUCGCUCCCGGCGAUCCCGGCGAGCUUCUUCUCCCCGCCGGCCGGAGCCGGUGUCGCGGGCGGCGGCAUCAAUCUGUUCGGCGAGCUGAUCAGCCCGGCAUUUCUUGGUGCAACGACCAGCAGUGGUAUCACCGCCGCCGGUGCAAGUCCAAAUUAUCCGGUGUUGCAACAGUUGCCGUCCGCAUCUGGUGCGUACUAUUGGGAUCUCUUCAACAACCACCAGAACCUAUGAAUGCAGACGAGAAUUAUUGGUCGGUCUUGCAAUCAUGGAUGGUGUGAUUCAUUUCCAUUUCCAUUUCCAUGCAUGCACGCACGCACGCACCAUGAUCGAUCGAGUCGCCUUAUAGGUUUAUUGCUAGCUGCAACGAAGCUUCUUCUCUUUUCAACACUUCUUUCUUCAAUUCCCCCCAUUUUUCCCUUAUUGACAUAAGUUGAGGAUGCACCCCCUUUGGAGGUGGUUGGUCAGAUUCAGUUC